AUGACCAUACCCAGACUAGAGCUCACAGCAGCUCUACUCUUAACCCAGCUAGUGGAAUCAACAUAUGAGAUGCUUCAACUAGACCAGAAUCAGGUAGAAACCUAUCUCUGGUCAGACUCAUCAGUUACACUAGCCUGGAUCAGAAGCUCAGCCUCAGGAUGGAAGGAUUUCGUCCAUAAUAGGGUCAUCAAAAUACAGGAAACGCUACCAACGGCCAUAUGGAGACACGUCAGUGGCAAGGAAAACCCGUCUGACUGUGCCUCAAGAGGAAUCUCACCAAAUGAAUUAGCAGAUCAUCCACUCUGGUGGUCAGCACCAAGCUGGAUCAAUCAGGAUCCAGAAGACUGGCCUCAAUCAACAAUAGACGCAUCUAAAAUGGAUACUCCAGAGGUGGCCAAGGAAGCAAAACCAGUACCAGCUCAUCCAGCGAGGAUGAAAAUCAGCAAAGUAGCAGAACUUCUCAACAGAUACAGUUCAAUGGCCAAACUGUUAGCAGUAACAGCGACUAUCAACAGAGCAAUAGACAGAUUCAGCCGGCGCCCAACGGCCCCGGGACCUGUCCUGACAACUAGUGAACUAAACGAAGCAAGAGUAUUCUGGGUUAAGGUAACACAAGUUCAAUAUUUCGAAUCAGCUUUUAGACUUUUGCAGAGAGAUCAUCAGUUACCAAGAAGUCAUCAGCUAGCUAAGCUAACACCAACUCUAGACGACCAAGUCAUCAUGAGACUAAGAGGUCGCCUCAAAAACGCUCACCUCAGUCCAGAGGAAAUACAUGCGAUAAUCCUACCCAGACAGUCUAGGUUCACCACAUUGGUCAUUGCCGAAGCUCACCAGAGAAACCAACAUGGAGGUACUCAACUGACUCUAGCCUAUACGAGACAAAAAUAUUGGAUCGUAGGAGGCAGAGGUACUGUCAGAGCAUACAUCUUACGCUGCGCCAUCUGCACCCGUCAUCGAGGAAGACAAGCUCAACAGCAGAUGGGUCAACUGCCAUCAACAAGGAUUUCACCAGCCAGGGCAUUUCUCCACACAGGAGUGGAUUAUGCAGGUCCAUUCCCGAUCCUGAAGUGGAGGCCAACAAAUGCACAACCAGGAAUAGUGCAUAUAGCAGUAUUUGUGUGCUUCACCACGUCAGCAGUUCACCUAGAGCUCGUCAACAGGCAGACAACAGAGGCUUUCAUCGGCGCCUACAAAAGGUUCACGGGAAGACGUGGCAUUCCAGCAGUCAUGUAUAGUAACAAUGCCACCACCUUCACAGGAGCAGCAGAGGUCCUAGAACAGCUCUAUCACCAGGAGUCGAGAGAGAACCAACAUGUCCAGGCUGUCCUCGCAACCCAUGGAACUCAGUGGAACUUCAUUCCACCAAGAGCACCACACUUUGGUGGUAAAUGGGAGGCAGCCGUGAAAUCAGUGAAAUAUCACCUAAAGAGGAUACUAGGACCAUCAACACUCACAUACGAAGAGCUCAACAGCGUGAUCAUCCAAAUAGAAGCAUGCCUCAACUCCAAACCAAUCUGUCCAAUGUCAGAUGAUCCAGAAGAUCUCCAAGUGCUCACUCUAGGACACUUCCUGCUAGGAGAGCCCCUUCAACUCGUACCAGAACCGUCUCUUCUCCAGAAACCCAGCAGAAGCUACAGAGAUGGAAUCUAG